GAUUCGCGAUUCGCUGCAGUUAGCGCCUCCCUUUCCUUUUGCCCCUUCACACCCAACCCGUACCCCAUCCCAGAGGAGGCGCCAACCCAGCAUGCCGCCAAAGAAGACAAAGACAAAGUCGCAGGGGCAGGCGCAGUCGGGAGGAGGAGGAGGAGGAGGAGAUCGCGAAGGAGCUCAAGAGGAACCUCUAAGCGCCAUCCUCAUCGCAGACACCUUCUCCCGCGCCUACUCGCCUUUGGAAGUGUCUCGGUCCCAUCAUCGACCUGCUUGUCCCUUGCUGCUUCCCGUAUUGGGCGUGCCGCUGCUCAAGCUGCACCUGGCAAGCAUUCACAAGGCAGGUGCGGAGCAGGUGCACAUCAUCUCUCGCGCUCAUGCCAACACCCUUCGACGCUGGCUGCAACAACAUCCACCACCCACAGGCCUGCAAGUCCACGUCGUAGCCGCACCGGCUGCCGGCAGCGUGGGCGAUGUGAUGAGGGAGGUGGAUGCGCACGGCAUCGUCAGGAGCGAUUUCCUGCUCCUCCAACCCCACGCACUCACAUCCAUCCACCUGCAAUCGGUGGUGGAGAUGCACAGGCAGAGGAGGAAGCGGGACAAGGAUGCCAGCAUGACCAUCUGCGCUGCUCAAGUGGGUCACGCUAGCAGGAUCAGACCACCGCACGCCGCAGUGCAUACGCUCAGCUCUUGCGAUCGCCUACUGCACUACGAUCCACCCGCUUUCUCCCUCUCAUCUUCCCCAACGACUCGCAUCCCAACUGAAGUGCUGAUGGCUCAGGAAGAUCGAGAUCACGGAGAAUUCAUCAUUCGCUCCGAUCUGGUCGAAAUCGGCAUCGAUGUUUGCGGUCCAGAGAUCCCAGCCCUCUUUUCCGAAAACUUUGAUUAUCAAUCCUUGCGACACGACUUUGUGCCGGGCAUCCUCACCUCCGAUCUGUUGGACACCAAAAUCUUCCUGCACAUCUCGCCCUCCACCAGCGUCCACCCCUCCGGCUCCUCCACCACCUCGGCGAGCGGUUACGGUGCGCAGAUCGACUGCACGCGCCAAUACCACGCAGUCAUCUGCGAUCUCAUCAGCGGCGCUGCUCAGCCACUUCGACCUGGCAACGCGUCCUGGCCUGGAGAGCCAUACGCUCUGCGCGGAACGGCAUUCAUCGGGACGGAUGUCAGCGUGGCCAGAGAUGCGCGACUGGGUCGAAAUGUGGUGAUAGGUGCGCAGUCCAGCAUUGCUCAGGGCGUCGUGCUCGAUUGCACCGCUGUAGGCUCGCACGUAGACAUUGCUUCGUCAUCCACCAUCUCCCACAGCCACUUGUGGGAUGGGGUGCGCAUAGGCUCUCGCUGCGAGAUGGAUCACUGCAUCAUCGGCACUGGAGCGCAAAUUCUGGACGAUUGCAAGCUGGCUAGAGGAUGCAUCAUUGGCCCAGACGUCACUGUAGGACCCGGCAUUUCGCUCGCCCCAUUCACUCGCGUUGGAGCGCGCUCCAGAGCCAAUGCGCUUGAAGUGGAGGACUUGGAAGAGGAUGUGGAGGAUCGCGCGCCAGAUGCGGAUCUCGGAAGCCAGGCCUUUGGUUAUAGGUGGCCAGCUGCUGGUGAGAGCACCACGGACGAGAUUGCCGAAGGGGAAGAGGCGGACGAGGAUGACGAUGAUGUGGACGCACCUCUGCGUGACCACAUCGGUGUGCUCGGAAUCGAUCUGCUGCAGAAAGGCAAGCGGCACGAGGGUGAGGAGGAGGAGGAGGAGGAUUCGGACAUUUCCUCCAUCGGCGGAGACUCGGAGCUGCUGGAUGAGUGGGAGGGCGAUUCGGAGACUUUGAGCAGCAGCAGCUUGGAUGAUGCUGCGGCUGCUUCCUUGACGCUGGGCGGCGAGGGUGAAGAGGCGACGACGGCAGCAGACAGGCAGGCAGCUCGAGAGCGCUUGGAAGAGUUUGACUCUGAGGCCCGCGCCUCGCUCGCCAGAGCCUUUGCCGAGGGCCACUCGGUCGAGAAUGCCAGCGUGGAGCUCAAGACGCUGAGGAUGGCUAGCAAUGUGCCUCUGAGCCAAGUCAGAAGAACGGCCAUCGCAGUCGUCUUGGAGCGAUGCGAUCCCAACAAUCCAAAGUGGACCGCUGCAGUGUUUGACAAGUGGGGCAAGCUGAUACAGAGCAUUGCGGAGGACGACGAGGUGGAAGCGAUUGGUUUCUUUCAGGAGUACUGCGCGACACAGUCCAGCUACAGCUGCUUGUUCAUCCCUCUGCUGAAAAAGAUGUACAACGAUGAUGUAGUCUCGCCAGACGCCAUCGUCGAGUGGUGGAAAUCACCCAUCUCGCGCGCAGGAGGCGAGGCGGCGCUCGACCUUCGCAAGAAAGCAGAAGGCAUCGUCAGGUACAUUGUCGAGGAUGACGAAGAGGAAAGCGAAGAGGAAAGCGAAUAGUAUCGCAAUCGCGAAUGCAUACAAUUACAUUACACGCGCACGCGCACGCGCCUCAGUCAAUACACCACUCCCGAGCGGCCUCCACGUUUCCCCACAUUGAGUCGAGCAGAACAGCUGUGAGCCAAUGUUGUAGGCCUACGCGCCGCUCCUCGAGGUGUUGCGCUCCGUACUUGUGUAGGAUACCGCUGCCUCGUGAUGGCAGCGAUGGCAGCGCUUGCGCGUGUUGCUGAGGCGAGUGCUCGCAGCACAUCAGCAUCUCGUCCGAAG